GGCCAUAACUCGGUUAAUUCGACAUGUUUCUAAACGAUAAAAGCUGGCAUCAUCUCACAAUCUCAUGACCUGACCGUGCAAAGGCUGUAUAGCCAGUCAAGGUCGUUAAAAACUUCCAUCCUCAUCAAUCUCAUCGCACGCUUUGAAAAACAGUGCAACUUACUCGUCUACGGGCUUGUUAACAAUUUAACCAGCGAUGGAAAAAAUAACAUGGAUACUCUUGUUUUCUAUUGGUGGUGUUCUAGCUGAAUAUACAUCCCUUCAAGUAUCCAACUGUAACAAGAACUCGAACACACCAUCAACGAUUUCUCAUAUGAGUAUCUCUCCAAUGCCUGUGACCAUCCCUGGUAACUUCUAUUUCUCCGCUGACAUGAAGCUAACACGCCCAGUCGGAGAGUCAUCAAUGGAGAUGUCAAUUAAACGGAAGACGUAUUGGUUUGAUAUUCCUAUACCAUGUAUUUUACGCGUGGGAUCUUGCAGAUACAACAAUCUGUGUACUAUGGUAGAUGAUAUGAUAACACAUGACUGGGCUGGACUUAUGGGAAACAUCGGGAACCAGAUCAAGACUAUGUUACAGACCUAUAAUGUAACAUAUAACCAGUGCCCACAACAGCCACGAACCUUGUCCAUUCGGAAUUAUCUGAUACGCAUGCCUGAUAUGCCAUCAGUACUUUCUUGGUUUGCAGCUGGAGAUUACAGCGCCAACAUCAGAGUGCAAGAUAACAUAUCUCAUGAAGAGUUGCUGUGCCUUGAUGUGAAUUUAAGUUUAAAAAAAGCAUGUUCAGGUUUCAGGUGCUACUUCGGUAAAUAAUUUGUUUUUUUACAAACGAUUUUUUUUAAUAAACGAAAAAAAAUAUAAGAAACAUAUA